AUGUGGCCCCUGGGGCAGAUGUGGCGCGCCCCCCUCCUCCUCCUCCCCCUGCUCUUGCUGGCGCUUCCCGCCUCCGUGCAGGCGGAGACCCCGGCCCGCGCGCCUCCCGCCGCCGCCGCCCCAGCCCGGCCCAGCCCGGCCGGCCUCUCCGCUCCGCCGGGGAGGGGCCAGCCUCGCCGCCGCGGCCUCGCCCAGCAGCAGGAGCAGCAGCAGGAGCAGGCCGAGCGCUCCUCCUCCGCCGCCGGCCCCAUGGAGAUCCCGCCGAGCCAUUACCCGGCCACCAGGGCCGCCGGCGUGGUGGGCAGCUACGUCAACUACCAGCACGGCGGCCCCGGCAAGAUCUUCGCGGUGCGCAAAGUGAGCCAGGCCAGCCGAGAGGACGUUGCCGGUGUUGGGCAUAAAUACCGUAUUAAGUUUUCAAUGGCAGAAAUCCUCCAAAAAGACAGCCCCGUGAACUGCACAGCUGAGAUUCUUUAUCAUCAUGGUGACCCGCAUGUUGCUCCCGAAGUGCAUUACACAGUGGAAGGAGAGUUUGGGAAGAAUACAGAGCAAGUGGAUAAUGAAUUCUACAACAGAAUCAAGAACCUGUCAGAAACACUGGAAGCACAAAAUGUUCCAGACAGUCACGGGAAUAUAACUGCAGAAAUGGAGCCUGUGCGGAACCUAGCUCAGGUCGCCUGCGGAUACGUAAUAUGGCAGAAUUCAACUGAAGACACAUGGUACAACAUGGUACAAGUCGAAAGUGUCAAGCAAGUGAAAAGGAACGAUGAAUAUCUUGAAUUUUCCUACGUGGUUUUAAUCCACGACAUUGUCUCCCAGGAAAUUAUCCCUUGGCACAUGCAAGUUCUCUGGCACCCACAGCAUGGAGUGAAAGUAAUACGGAAUAGCCGCCAGCCAAAACGCGCAGCGCAAGAUUAGCAAAAUGCCUUCAAUACUGCUAUUAGAGGUUGUUAAAAUAAUCUUCCACAUACAGCUAGAAUA